AAAAAAUAAUAGAUGAAAGCAAAAUUUCUUUUUCUACGUUGGUGUUUUCAAUGAUUCGUGGAUAUAAACGUGUGAAAAGUGAAAAUAUUGUUAAAAUAUAGGUUUUUAUUAAUUAAUUAUACCAGUCCACUUCCCUGCAAACAUUUUCCCAAACGUCCUUUGACCAUUUGGAGUCGUAGUUAAAUUUUAAAGUGCGCUUUGGACACGCAAUAUGGGAAAUUCUGACUCAAAAUUGAACUUCAGAAAAGCUAUAGUUCAGCUUACACAAAAGAACCAGAAAAUUGAUGACACUGACACACAAUUUUGGGACCAGUUUUGGUAUGGUCAUCAAACUACGCUCGAAGAUGUUUAUGCAUUAAUUACAGCAGCAGAAAUACGGAAUAUACGUAAUGAUAAUCCGGCCAACUUGGCGACGUUGUGUUACAAGGCCGUUGAGAAGUUGGCCCUAGCAGUAGAUAACAGUUGUCGUACUCAUGUCGAACAGCAGUGUGUGUUAAAUUGUGUGCGAUUGUUAAUACGAAUUUUACCGUUUAUUUUUGAAGAUGAGAAAUGGCGUGAAUUUUUUUGGAGUAGUCUACCCACGCGAAAUACGCCCACACCUGCAGACGCAAGUGAAGUUUUGCGCGAAAACUCGCCCCGCCACACUGGCGCACAAACUGUGCCAUUGGCACAAUCUUUAAUUAAUGCUUUAUGUGAUUUGUUAUUUUGUCCCGAUUUCACGGUGACUGCAACUCGACGUGCCGGACCCGAUAAGGCGGAGGAGUUGGCUAAUAUCGAUAGUUGUGAGUACAUCUGGGAGUCGGGCGUGGGAUUCGCCCAUUCGCCACCCAAAAAUGCAAAUAUGGAAAAACGACGCACAGAAAUUUUAAAACUUAUACUCACCUGCUUUUCGGAAACUAUGUACUGGACAACUGAUCAGCCGAACAGGUGGAUUGCUUACUUCACUUCGGCUGAUAAUCGUCAUGCGUUACCACUAUUCACUUCCCUGCUGAAUACGGUCUGUGCCUACGAUCCCGUCGGUUUGGGUGUACCGUAUAAUCAUUUGCUAUUUCAAGAUACCACUGAACCGCUUGUGGAAGUUUGUCUGCAGAUACUUAUUGUUACAUUAGAUCACGAUAUGCUUUUACAACAACAACAACAAAUAGAAUUGCGUCGUCAAAUGCAAGGUCUAACAACCAACUCAUACGACGAUGGUUUCGGUGACAAUUUGUUUAUUAAUUAUUUAUCUCGUGUGCAUCGCGAUGAGGAUUUCCAUUUCAUAGUUAAAGGCAUAACACGUUUGCUUAACAAUCCACUGCUGCAAAAUUACCUACCCAACUCGACUAAACGUCUUCACUGUCAUCAAGAGUUGCUUAUACUAUUCUGGAAAGUGUGCGACUUUAAUAAGAAGUUUCUCUACUUUGUUUUGAAGAGCUCCGAUGUUUUGGAUAUACUUAUACCAAUAUUAUACCAUUUGAACUACUCGCGCGCAGAUCAAUCCAAAGUGGGACUCAUGCAUAUUGGUGUUUUUAUACUGUUAUUACUCUCAGGUGAACGAAAUUUCGGUGUACGCCUUAAUAAACCCUACACCGCUACCGUACCCAUGGAUAUACCCGUAUUCACUGGUACCCACGCUGAUCUGCUCAUAACAGUUUUUCAUAAAAUCAUCGCCACUGGCCAUCAACGUUUGCAGUCGCUAUUCGACUGUCUGCUCACCGUGCUGGUGAAUGUAUCACCAUAUCUAAAGACUUUAUCCAUGGUGGCUAGUGUAAAGAUGUUGCAUUUGUUAGAGGCUUUUAGUACGCCAUGGUUUCUGUUGUCGUCACCAAAUAACCACCAUUUAGUUUUCUUCUUAUUGGAAAUCUUCAAUAACAUAAUACAAUACCAAUUCGAUGGUAAUUCCAAUUUAGUCUACACCAUCAUACGUAAACGACACGUAUUCCAUGCAAUGGCUAAUUUACCAUCCGAUAUGGCGGGUAUCGCGAAAUGUUUAAGGGGCCGCAAGGUCGGUAAGUACAGCAUACCGCCAGUGCCACAUUCAAAGACCGCGCAUCUCACCAAAAUAAGUGGACGCAAAUUAGAUGCUGAUGGCGAUGACGAGGAUUGUGAAUCGGACACUGAAUCAAACGAUAAACAAAGUGAAACACAAGUUGAAAAUGUAAUGUCAGCAUUACCCGCUGAACCGGGCACGUUAAAGACAUCUUUGCUGGAAACGCCUGCCAUUAAUCAAAUGACAGAACGCGAAACUGCACACCCAAGUUUCGACGACUUACAACCGCCCAUUAUCGAUGGCACUUCGGACAUUACACAAUUGGAACAGACAGGACGACGCACGCCAACUAGUCAAAAUCGUAAUGACGUCUCGCGUCGCAGCAAUACAUCGCUCAAUUCAAUCGAAAGCAAUGCCAUACCGAAAGAGAAUCAGACACGUCUAUCUGUGGCCACGCGUGGCAGCAUACGUAUGGUACCCAGUGCGUCGACUGAGCACUGGACACCAACACCCGAAUGGAUUGUAUCGUGGCGUUCAAAGUUACCACUACAAACAAUUAUGCGUUUGCUACAGGUGCUCGUGCCACAAGUGGAGAAGAUUUGUAUCGAUAAGGGUUUGACAGAUGAGUCGGAAAUAUUGAAAUUCUUACAACACGGUACACUCGUCGGUUUGCUGCCGGUACCGCACCCCAUACUUAUUAGAAGAUAUCAGGCGAAUUUCGGCACCACCGCCUGGUUCCGUACAUACAUUUGGGGUGUCAUCUAUUUGCGUAAUGUCGGUCCGUGCAUUUGGCAUGAUUCGCAAGUGAAACUUUUCGAAAUUCAGCGGGUAUAAAUUACAUUGAAAUUAAAUAUUACUAAACGUCUAUAAAACUAUUUGAAGGUGCAAUUAGCAUAGCAGGUGUUACUUUUUGUUUGUUUUGUUUAUUGUGCAAACAUAUGUUAAAAAUUGUGCAUUCCAAAAAUGCUUGAGUUAUAAGGAAGCGCCUAUAGUAAUUAUUAGUUAUUAGUAUUUUAAGAAGAAAGUUUGAAAAAAUGUACUUUUUUAGUUUAAGCAAUUAUUUUGAAGCUUUAUAGUGAAUAAUAUGUGUCUAAUUAAAGGAUUCCUUAAAGCUAAAGUUUUGUAUAUAAGUAAAAAUGACAAUUUCGUUUAAUGUUUAUGUUUAUGCAGAAAGUAUGUAAAAAUAUCUUCAAAGAAGCUAGCGCUAGAUGUGCUUUUAAUUUAUUUUAUAUAUUGUAUUUGUUUAUUUACUUUUGUUUAAAACGAAGUUAAAGAAUAAAAAAAAAGAGAUUUAAAAGUUAUUUAAACAAAAAAUUAUGUUAGCAAUACACAUAUUGAAUUUAUACUAAAGUUAAUACAUAUAUACAUAUAUAAUGCAAAGUAUAAUUCACGUAUAAUCUAUAAAUAACUAUAAAUAUGCAGUUCCCUACUAAAUAUAUACAAAUAUAUACAAUAAUUAUAACUACAAUGCAAAUCCCCAAUAUGACGAAUAAAAACAAGAUUUUCCGCAAAUUUGAAAGAAUUUAAUUUUUUUCUUUAGUGAAAUGAAUGUAGUAAAAAAUUAUGUGGUUUUAUAUUUUUUGAAAUUUUUCAUUAUCUUUAAACUCAAAUUUAACAACUAAUUUUUUUGCACACUUCAAAUUUUUUUUAUUGUAAUCAAUAUACGAUUUAUCGAUGUUAACAAUCGAUUGCAAAUUCUGCCUGCGAACCGCUUUGACAGCUGUUGUCAACAGCUGUUAGUUGAAAAGAAAUAAAAAACAAAACAAAACAAAAGUGAAAAUCAAAAAUCUAUCAUUUGUGAUAGAGUUCUCUGUUAAAUACAAAAAAAUUAAAAAAAAAUGAAUCAAUUACUACAGCGAACAACAAGAACCUUACUCUACUCAUUUGUCCACCAGAAUGUGCAAUUAACAGCUUGUGUGCG